GGUGUCUUCCACAACGGGCUGCUGCCGCAUAAAGCGCAUUUCACGACGUACGCGGUGAUAUUAAACCUGAUUCUGAACUGAAUGCCUUUCUCCUAAACGGAUCACCGGGACAUUACCCGAAAUACGGCUCCAAGUGAUAAAGAGCGGCAAGAUAUCCCGGCAGCUACACUGGGAUAACUCAUUCACUGCGAAGCGCACAUGAAGCAUAUUUAACUGCGCAUUUUGCUGUUUGAUGCACAUGUGACAAUGAAAGCUAAUCUGUAAACUUAGAUCUUUACCUGAACAUUAAGCUUGUUAAAAUAGUUUUCUAGAAAAGGGAAUGCUAGGACAGAACCAGAAGGCUUCUGUUUAUAUGGCGCAAUAUGACAUUCUUUCUUGGAAUUAAAUUUAUUACUGUCAGUCUCCGCCGUGGUGCGCAGGGUCCUGCCACGGGCAGAUUGCGACAGAGGAUUGAGCUAUUUUGGCGAUGUUUGUUGAGAAUAAACACUGGUCUGGCAAUUUAACAAAAUGCUUUUUUGCUUCGGUAAGGCCCCUUUUAGCCCAACCUUCACGCAGCAACAGCUUCCUCUUCUGGGUCGGACCCUACUCCGACUCGGCACCUCCUCUUCCACCGAGACAGACAAGGUGCCCGGGGAGCUCCUGUCUGUCGCCGUUUUCCAAGUGCACUCCUUCCCCUCCGGGGAGCUCCGGCAAACUCGGGGGAACAUGGCAGCGAUCGUUGGGUGCUGCCGCAUGCUGCGGAGUCCCUUCAAGCGGCCCCCGUUUCCCGGUGGAUCUGUCAGAGAUAGCAGGGCGGCCAGAGCGAGAGCUUCAGCCCGCGGGUUGGGAUCCGGGCAGAUCCGAUCGUUCCACGCCGCAUCGUCAGCGCUCAAUAUCAGCUCCUUCCCAGGGGUGAGAUCGUACACCGACCUGAUGGACUUCUCCGUCAGGGAUCCCGAGACGUUCUGGGGGACCGUGGCCAAGCAGAGACUCGCGUGGAACCAGCUCUUCCACACGGUCCAGGACUGCGACUUCAGCAGCGGGCGGAUCGCCUGGUUCCUGGGAGGGCGACUCAACGUGUCAGUGAACUGUUUGGAUCGUCAUGCCAACCAGUCACCCAGCAAGGUGGCUUUGAUCUGGGAGAGGGAUGAACCAGGUACCGAAGUAAGAAUCACAUACAGGGAGCUCUUGGAGACUACGUGCCGUCUGGCCAAUACCUUGAAGCGGUAUGGUGUGAAGAAAGGAGACAGAGUUGCUAUCUACCUCCCAGUGUCCCCGCUGGGCAUAGCCGCAAUGUUGGCAUGUGCGAGGAUUGGUGCCGUACACAUGGUGGUCUUUGCAGGGUUCAGUAGUCAAGCGCUGGCUGGAAGGAUUUCUGAUGCCCAAUGCAAGGUUGUUAUCACCUGCAACCAAGGAGUGCGUGGUGGUCGCAUUAUUGAACUGAAGAGGAUGGUGGAUGAGGCAGUGAAAACAUGUCCCACAGUGAAACAUGUUUUUGUAGGGCAGAGAACGGACAAGAAGGUUCCCAUGGGGGAGAUCGAUAUACCACUUGAGGAAGAAAUGGAGAAGGAACAGCCUGUAUGUGAUCCUGAAUCAAUGGAGAGUGAGGACCUGCUUUUCCUGCUCUAUACUUCUGGAAGUACAGGGAAACCCAAAGGACUGGUGCAUACUCAGGCUGGUUAUCUGCUGUAUGCAUCUUUGACCCACAAGUAUGUCUUCGAUUAUCAGGAAGGUGACAUUCAUGGUUGUGUGGCAGAUAUUGGCUGGAUUACAGGCCACAGUUAUGUGGUUUAUGGUCCUCUCUCCAAUGGUGGGACCACUGUGCUGUUUGAGAGCACUCCUAUCUAUCCAGAUCCAGGUAGAUACUGGGAGACAGUGCAGCGGUUGAAGAUCAACCAGUUCUAUGGGGCCCCAACAGCCAUUCGUCUACUGCUGAAGCACGGAGACAGUUGGGUAUCCAAGUACGAUCGAUCGUCCUUGAAGACACUAGGCACAGUCGGGGAACCUAUUAACCACGAGGCCUGGCAAUGGUAUCAUAAUGUUGUGGGGGAAGGCAGAUGUACCCUCGUAGAUACUUGGUGGCAGACAGAAACCGGUGGGAUAUGCAUAUCUCCACGUCCUUCAGAAGAGGGAGCAAAGAUUGUGCCUACAAUGGCCAUGAGACCAUUCUUUGGUAUUGAACUUGCCUUAAUGAGUGAGAAGGGUAAUCCUAUGGAGGGCAACAAUGUUACAGGUGCUCUGUGUAUCACAAAUCCUUGGCCUGGCAUGGCCAGAACAAUCUAUGGAGAUCACCAGAGAUUCAUGAGUGCAUAUUUCAAUGAAUAUCCAGGCUAUUACUUCACUGGUGAUGGUGCAUACAGGUCAGAGGAAGGCUAUUACCAAAUUACUGGCCGGAUGGAUGAUGUUAUCAACAUCAGUGGACAUAGACUGGGCACAGCUGAAAUAGAGAAUGCUCUGGAUGAACAUCCUCAAGUGCCAGAGACUGCGGUAAUCGGCUUUCCUCAUGAAAUAAAAGGGGAAGCUGCAUUUGCCUUUAUUGUUUUGAAAGAUUCUGAGAACAUUUCUGAAUCAGCCAUCAUUAAGGAUCUCAAAUCAAUGGUGGCAUCUAGGAUAGCCAAAUACGCUGUUCCUGACCAUAUUAUGACUGUGAAGCGACUUCCCAAGACUCGAUCUGGGAAAAUCAUGAGGCGGGUGCUGAAGAAAGUCAUCAAUGAUGAAACCACUAACCUGGGGGACCUCAGCACACUGGAUGACCAAAGUGUCAUUGCGGAAAUCAUUGCAACCUACAAAAAAUAUAAAAAAGACCAUGAAAGCAGCCAAUAGAUUAUAUCAGGAAUCCUUAGGACUCGUUCCACUUUGACUCAUAUGGCACCAAAAGGCUGCAUGGUGUUCAGAGUGUUGCACCAAUAAACUAAUAAAACAGAUUCCAAUAUCAAUGAAUCAUCCCAAAAUGUAUAUGCCUAUAUUUUCUCCUUGACCCAUUGUCAGGGGCUCAUAAUCAUGAUCUAUGGGCAUAUACUUAUGUGUGACCAAACACUACAUUUUGAGUGUCUGGAUCAUUUUUACAGUUGAACUGGGUGAUUAUAGAUAAAUGUGUUCUUGCUCUUAAUUGGCUGCUUGUAUUUGCAAAUUCCAUUGGGAAUUGAGGUAUGCUAAUUGGGAACCCCGACUGAAUUUUUUAUUUUCUUAUUUUUUUUCAAACUAGAAGACCCCAGGUUUCAGUGUGCUUACUGGUAAAAGAUAAGGGAUCUCAAGCCACUUCCAUAGCAGAGUAGUACAUUUAAAACCCAUGCUAAUAAAGCAGUUUAAGUUUGCUUAUGUCAAAGAAGCAUUUAAAAUAAGUUUUUAAAUAUGAUAUUUCAAGAAAAAACAUUAAGAUAUUUAAAGAAAAAUGAUGUGGAUUUUCUGACUUUACCAAGCCACAGUAUUUUUUGUUAAGCUGGAAACCUGCAGAAUAUAUUUAUGAAUAUAUUACUGGACAUUCACUAAUCAUUUGUCAUUUCAGAGGUUUACAGCUACAUAGAUGCUAUGACUAUACAUAAGGAAGAACUGAUAUGUUAUCUGUAAAGUUCACAACUGUGUCAGAUAUCUCAGAAUGAAAGAUUAUUCUUCCAGACACUCAUUACAGCAUCUAGAGAGGUAUUGGAACAUUCUCUUUUCGCUCCCUCUUUGGCUGGUCUUUCAAAUAGCAGGGACACAGGAAAUCUGGAAUUCACUGAAAUGCUGUUGUCUGUGGAUUCCAACCAUGAAAUGGUUAGAGCAGUUUCCAAAGCCCAGUAGAUAUAGCCAGUGUUCUGGAUGAAAGGACACGUUGGGGAUUAGCUCAAUGGAUAUAGAAAGGCAGCAAUUUCUGUAGGGGUUCAUCAGUUUUUCUCACCAUUUACAAUGAAUGAGCACUCCUUUGAUGUUUAGGAAAUCACUGCUGGUUUCACAGGGAGAGAAAUUGCAAGGGAGCAAUAAAUUCAGGAGCAAGUGAUUAAGGUGAUACUAUUUAUUGCCAUUUAUAUCCAUAAAGACACUGCUUAUAAAAAAUAAAUAUUUAAAGAAAAUAGUGCUUCAGAUUGUCUGACCCAAUAUUUAUCCACCAUUCACUUCUUAUUUGUACCUACAUGUACAGCUUGGUGAUUCAUGAGUGACCCCAUUGAAUCCCCCCCCCGCCCCCACAUUACUCAAAGGUGGUCACAGUAUGGUAUUAGUCAUUAGUAUGUUAUAUUAGGUGGUCAUUAGUAUAGGUGGUGGUCACACAAAGGGCCCUCAAACUGAUGAUGACAGCAGUACAGCCACAUAUACCUUGUAGGAUGAUUGCCAUGUGACAAAAGUAAUUUAUUAGCAAUGAAGUCUGAGGAAAUAAAAGCAAGUUCCUUUUGAACAGCUUAGAUUCAUUAAAGGCAUGACAGAGAUGCAAAUUCUUAUAAGCAUACUCUUUUUGUUUGGUGUCCUCUCCGUCUUCAUAAACACUGUUUUUUUUUUGCUAGUCUAGUUAAUUGAAUAAUGGAGAUCCAGAAAAUGUGGGUUCAGAUCCUGUUAAGGUAGUUUGAGAAUCAAGUAAAAAGAGCUGGUUUUAUUAAACUUGACUAUUUCACUGAUGACUAUAUUUUUGGAGCUGGAAACUGCUGCUCCCUACUAAUAUGGCUUCUACAUGGCUCCUACCCUGGGUGGAACACAACCUCAAAUCAUGGCUGCGUAACACAGAUAUUGCCCUAAAAGGAGAGACAGAAUUUGGGGGCUGUUCUUAAUAAGUCUCCUUAAAGGUAGACGGCCUUUGACCCGGAGACAAUUCUUGAACAUUUUAAAAAAAAUCUUUUCUCUAGAAGAUAGGGAAAAAUCUUCUCCUCAUUCGACGAUAACUGAUUCUUUACAAAAAGACUGCUUUUACUAGUUUCUAAUGGUGUUCAUUGACCUGCAAAUUGCAGUUGCUUAUGUCAGUCUUAUUUAGAGAGCAUUACUGCAUAUUAUCAAUUAUCAGUCUUCAAAUAGUGAACUAGAAAGUGUAACUAUAUAAUCAGUAAUAACUGCAAUGAUUUUGGUCCUGGCCUAUUUCAAGAAAUUUAACAAUGAUGUUCUAAAUUUAUAAUGGAAAUUUUAUCUUUUAAAUAUGAUGAUCUAUUUUAUAAUUACCUUAUCUUCAGAAAUAAAGGAGGUUUCUGCAAUACCA